GUAACAUACGAGUCCGGAGCGAUAGAAGGACAUUUCAGGGAGACCUCGCCAAUAAGCUUCUCGUGAACCCCAAAAGCCUAUACAGGUUUAUGGCCGAAAGAAAACCGACCAACCAGGGAGCAUGCAAUCUAGUGGGUUCUGAUGGGAAAUCUCUUACUAGUCUUGAAAUGGCAGAGACAUUCAGCCUAGCCUUUCACAGGCAACUAAAUAGUAACGAGGAUAUUACCCCUACAGAACAUCCAGAUUACAUCGCAAAACCAACACACGAAAACCUGCUGGGGACAUUUCAAAUUACCCCGGCUAUGGUACUUGCAAAAUUGGGAAGGUUGGCUUCGGGAAAGUCUCCAGGUUGUGAUGGCAUCAGACCAUCUGUCCUGAAGCAGUGUUCAGAAAGUCUCUGUCAACCCCUAAGUGAUCUGUUCCAACACUCCCUUGAUGUAGGGAAACUUCCAUGUGAAUGGAAACGUGCAAUCCUAUCCCCUAUCUUCAAGGGUGGUGACCGGCAGAAUGUGACCAGUUACAGACCAGUUGCUCUACUUCCAGUGGUAUCGAAGAUAUUGGAAAGUCUCAUUGACGACCACAUGAGAAAAUACUUCGAUGGGACUAACCUUCUUCACGAAGCACAGCACGGUUUCAGGAGGGGAAGAUCCUGCGUGACGAAUCUUCUACUAGCCUGGAACGAUUGGACACUAUCCUGGGACAAAAAGGUACCAGCCCACGUGAUCUUUCUCGACUUUGCGAAAGCAUUCGACACAGUUCACCAUGGUCUGCUCCUUCACAAAAUAGGCAAGGCGGGAGUUUCUGGAGCACUUCUCGCAUGGCUGAAAGAUUACUUAGGCGAGAGAGAAUUCUGCACCAAAGUCAACCGCAUCCGAUCAUCCUGGCACACCUCGGCAUCAGGGGUUCCUCAGGGUUCUAUCCUAGGGCCGUUGAUGUUUUUGAUUUUUAUCAAUGACCUGCCCCCCCAACUAAACUGCUCUGCGCUUCUUUACGCUGACGACGUAAAGAUUUGGAGAGCAAUAAACUCAUCGGAAGACUCAGAUAGAUUGCAGGCUGACCUGCAAACUCUGGGAAAUUGGGCUUUGGCUAACGGAAUGCCUUUCAAUCUAAAGAAGUGCAAAGUAGUGCAGCUUCAUUCCGGCAGGUCACAGAGUGUAAAUUACACCCUUGGUGGCCAGAACUUGAGUUGUGUUCCAUCAGAGCGUGAUCUAGGUCUUAUUCUAACAGAAAAGCUAGACACCAGUGGAAAUUACUCGAGGGACGUCGCCAAAGCCUACGCAACAUUACACUUUAUGCACAGGCAGCUGGGAGCUCUCACUCCCGAACUGUUCUUAAGGCUAUACAAGGCAUAUGUGAGGCCACACCUUGAGGUGCAUAAUAUCAUUGCACCUCCGCUACUCAAAAGGGAUGCUAACAUUCUAGAAAGUGUCCAGAGACGAGCGACAAAAUGGGUGAUCGGCCUCCGCAACAAAUCAUAUGAGGAAAGACUAAAGAAAUUAGGUCUUUUCACACUUAGUUACCGUAGGCACAGGGGAGACCUCAUCACCGUCUACAAGAUCCUAAAUGACCAGGCCCACCCAAAUAAAAGCAUCCUGCCAUUAAGCGAUUAUAGGCUUCCACGAGGUAACCCGCUAAGGAUAGCACACCAGAGACCAAAGACUCGAGUGCGAUCACAUUUCUUUUCGCUUCGUGUUUGCCGUCUCUGGAACGCUUUACCGGCGGCCGUGACUACAGCGCCAUCUCUGGAGAUUUUUAAGCGGAAGCUAGACAAUCAUGCAGAAAUGCAAGGUUUGUGUCUCAAUGGCUUAUCCUCAUAAAAUUUGAAACCAAACUGUCAAUGAAUAAGCGUACAAACUAAAUCCCCACGACCUAUUCUGCCUUCUCUCACUCUAUCUUUUCCUUAGGUCACCUUUAUUAUUCCACUUAUCUCAACCUAUAUUAUCUACACUACAACCUAUUAUUAUUAUUACUAUUCUGCUUUUAUGACUACACCGAAUGACCAAGGGGAGUUAGGUCAAACUCCAUUCACGGCAGCAAUACAGUCCUAACAUACUGCAUACUACAAACCACAUCUCGACCAAUCCCCGCACCACUCCUCCUGGAGUCUACCAGAGCUAAAGCAGUCGAGUGUCGGGACUUACUACGCAGAAGCUCACCGAAGAUCUGGAACCUCUACCUCACAAUCAAGAAGCGAGCUCAAAGAAAUCACUGGUUUAUACUAGCUCGUAAUCAGGAUAUUGGAUAUUGGAUUUUGUUUAGUUCUGCUCAACUUAUAUAAAGAUAAAUAGAGGAAGUUCAAUUCAAGCAAGUUAAAGCAACAUGAGGUCACUUGUUUUCGUGUUGUUUGCUGGAUUUUCUUAUGCGAUUCUUACGGGUGUUCCAAUGAAAAUGUCUCCCGAUCAACUCACUGAAGACAAAUUCAAGCCAGCAUUACAAACGGCUCAACAAUUAUUCAAUGAAAUGUCGAACUAUUCAGACUACUAUGUCAUUUCCAAAAUUGUGAAUGGUACAUCCCAGGUUGUUCAAGGUGUUUUGUACCGAUUCACUGUUGUUUUUCUACCAACUAAUUGCAGCAAGAUUGAGAUGUACAUGCCUGAUUUGUUUGCAGAUUGCUCGUUGAGACCUGAUGAGGGAGAAGUCUGUUUGGUGAAAGUGUGGAGUCGAGUGUGGCUUGCUGAUGAAGAUAAAACGAUCACUACAUUAGGGAACUGCUCUCAAGCUCUCAUGUGAUGGAGGCAUAGAUAUGGGAUAUUUUUCUGGUGUACUACUCCUUGACAGAACUAAAUGACGACUUAAUUUUUUCGAAUAAAUGUUUUCAUAAACUGUUAACAUUUUUGAGAGCUUGGUAUACUGUGGGGUGCAAAUGCGUAUUUUCUGGAUUCUUUCCAGUCCUUACAAUGCGUUAGGGUUACUUCAGCCCUGACUUUUUGUGCUGUAUGACUGCUUGAUUGUUUGAGAGGCAUUUUUGGUUUCUGUGACAACGAAAUGGUGAUACAGUUUUAGAGAAUGUCUUGUAAAUAGUAACAU